AUGCUAUUUCCACAGUUGACUAGAGUUGCCGCCAGAGUUGCGUCGAAAAGAGCGUUUUCCGCCACUACCAGACAGUCCGGAGCUCAUUUCAAGGAGGGUGUCUACACUAACAUCCCAGUUAAAGUGCACAACAGAAAGAUCCCAUUUGCGUUGAUCCACUUCGGGUGGUUUACACUAGGGUUUUUGGUCCCUUUCAUUUCUUCAUACGUGCAGUUGAAGAAAUCCGGUGUUUUGUAG